UCCCACUGGAAUCUCGUCAGAAGCGUGGGGAGGGUGGAAGCCAAGAGGUGAAAAUGGAUCUUCCAUGGGAAGGAGCAGGCUACCUUAGUAGUUACGAUAAAGAAGAGAAGGCUCUGGUCUUCAUGCUUCAUGGAGGACAUUGGCUGGACAUUUGGAAAAGUUUUAAAGUGGCCCCGGGGCCGUUACAGGAGUGAUUCUAUUGUUCUUAAGUAUUUAUGUCUUAGCAAAGACUGGUUUCUUCAAGGGCUCCAUAAAAGACGAUCUGGCCCUUUCUCCUUCUAACUCCUAGCAUUGCAGGCCCUGCCAUACCGUCCUCAUUUUUAAUUUCCACCAGCAUUUCUUGCUUCUUCCUGGGGCUAAUAUCAUUCAUUUAGGCAGCCCCCUUCCUAAGGAAUCUUCCAUAGCAGAGUACCUCCUACUGCAUUACCACUUGAGUUUAGACUUCUUGCUGAGUGAUGAAGUAGGAGCAGAUGGAAGUUUAUAGGCUGGUGACCUACAUCUUCGUUUACGAGGAUGUGAUCUCCUUGGUAUGCAGUGCUGUUAUCAUCUGGUACUUUGCCGGCAGCUUUGAGAAGAUGGUGGGGACUGUGAAGCACUCCUUCCUCACUCUGGCAUUUGCGGUUUCCUUAGCUCUACUCUACCUUGUACUCAGGACUGUGGCAUCUGGUCUGUUGGAGAUCACGGAUGCUGAAGGAUUCACUCCUGUGGCUUUUGCCAUGCUGGCUGCUUCAAUUGCUCGCUCUCCGAUGAGGAGGACAGUGCUCUUUGGGGUGAACUUCCGCAUGAUACUUGUGCCCUGGCUCCUACUUUGCAUGGCCUGGAUUCUUCCAAGUUCUUCUUUCCUAGCAAACUUCUGUGGCCUCUUAAUUGGAGAGAUAUAUGGUUAUGGUUACUGCUUUGGUUUGGAUUUCUCUGAAUCAACAGCCUCUUGUUUAGAUCAGAAGUUCCCUUUCCGGCUGCUGAAAAGAAUUCCAGGGGUGAAAUAUGUUCCAGGAUCCCUGGCAGAAAGAAGGGCUUCCCAGAACCGAAAGCUAAAUCCAGUGCCAGGUUCUUAUCCCACCCAGAGCUAUCACAGCUCCCCUCCUGCUUUGCUUGCCAUGCAUAUGCAGCAUCCAAAUGCACACAUUCCAGCCCCAGGACCACCAGCCCUUCAGGGUCCUGCACUGCAUCAUACUGCUGGUGCCAUGGGAGAGCUGUGCAUCCAGAACCAUUUCCACUCACUAGCAGGAUCACCUCCUGCUUCUCGUCUUGUUGGUGCUAAUUUACGGGUGCCUGAGAAGACAGAUGACUUGGCUGCCCACCAAGCACCGGGGUUUCUGACGGUGGGAGCUGCCUCAGAAUCAGAAGAAGUUUGUCGAGUUCAUGUCGGCUGAGUCCAGUAGGUAACUGCAAUUGUCAGACCAUGCUGAAGCAACAGUGGUUUCUCUGAGAAGGGAGCCUCUUCCAGGCGAUAAAAAAAUGGGAGGUCCUGAGCAGCUUGGAUCUAAUAGAAGAAAGGGGCCAUUCCUUUUUCUGUGUCUUGUGGCAGCCCGGUGGGGUCAAGUGAUAACACUGCCUCAGCUGUUUAAUGCUGAAACUUAAUUUGUGCAUUAAUGUUGGGUGAUGACAUCAUGGCCUUCACAGCUUCAGGUUCUAGCUCCUUCCUAUGUCUGAACAACUUCGUAAAAAGUGAUGGAAAUUUUAUAGAUUGUUCGUUUGAGGUGCUGGCCAGCUUAGGAUUGGUUUCACUGCGCCUUUAAAAAUGUACUUCUGAUAAAUUGUUACGUUUCCUUAAUAUUUGGCUGCCAGGAAAGUUGUUUAGGAUUAAAGUUUUUUUAAAUUAUCAUCCACGGAUGGGAUGUGUCUGUUCAACUGAAACACCUCAAGUCAGUUGAGCAUCUUGGCUUAAACUUACGAUUAUUUUCUGCAAGAUUUGUUAUUAAUUUUUAAAAAAUCUACUUUAGAUAAAUUGGAAUAGGUCACACAAGGGAGCGUAGCCAGCUGGUUCUGGUAAGGACUGUAAUUCUUUAAAGCCGUACCCUUCAUACCGAAGAUCCCAGCUAGACAUUUCUAGUUCAAAAGAUGCUGAACAGCAUAAUAUGAAAGGUCUCUUCUGAAACCAUGAGAAUUUUCUCCCAGCCACAGCCAUGGACAGUAUCGAGUUCUGUGGACCUGGCAUCUUUCUACUGUAUUCUCUUGGAUAGCAUAACCCUGGCAAACCCCGAUAUUACUGGAAAGCGGGAAACGCUUCGACUGUGAUAAAAAAAAUAAUGUAGUUUGAAUAAAAGAACAAUUCUGCAA